GGGACCCCGGACCAUCCCCGGGACCCCGGGCUGGGACCGAGCGCGCUUCGUGGGCGGAGCCACAACACCCGCGGAGGGGGCGUGGCUUAACCAGCCCCGACCAAUCAGCUUCGGGGGCUCGGCCCGGCCACGCCCCUUUUGCGAUGGCGGCGCCCGAGAGCCACGUGGGGACCGGGGGGGGGCGGGGGGCAGAGGAAGAGAACGGGGAAGGGGAAGAGGAAGAAGAAGAGGAAGGGGAAGAGGAAGAGGAAGAAGAAGAAGAAGCAGAAGCGGCGCUGCGGGCCGUGUUCCCCCGCGACCCCGCGCUCUUCUCCGAGCUCUUCCCGGAGCGGCGCCGGUUCCGGCUGUGCGGGCGCGUCCUGCACAUCGCGGAGCACCACGGGCCGCGGCUCGGGCCCGCCGGGGCCGUCUGGGAGGCGGCCCUGUCCCUGUGCCGGUUCCUGGGCGAGCAGAACCUGGAGCUGGCGGGGCGGCGGGUUCUGGAGCUGGGGGCCGGUACCGGCAUCGUG